CUCUCUCUCUCUCUCUCCCUCCCCCUCCCUCCACUUGCUCUCCCACUCCAUCUCUUGAUCUCUCUGGCUCUUUCUGUCAAUCUUCCCUCCCUGCGGAUAGUACACUGUAGACAUACCUGUCAGCAGCCUAGCAGUAGCAUGCCAGUGGAUUGUCAGGGAAAGCAGAGUUGCCAGAUCUUCCAAGAAAAGCAAGAAUAGCGCACUUCUUCAUCACACUGUGAGGGUCGGGAUGGUCGGUUGCUCUGUAUGAGUUCAGAGGAAUCCAAGCGGGGCAGCAUGAAAAGCACCGGUCUGGACAGCACCUCCUCCGGCCACUGCUCCCUGCUGGCCGUGGACCACAAGAACUUCAAGACCCUGUGGAACGACGAGGUCUACCAGAACCGCGAGAGGUGGAAGGCACAGGCCGCCAAAGAGGCAGAGGAGAGGGCCAAGAGGGAAGCGGAGGAGCCGGCCAAACCGGAGGAGGCCCCGGAGCCCCCGGACCCCGCCGGCACAACGCAGACCCCCGCCGCUGGGGUCCAGGGCGCCGAGGCGGACGACCCAUCCUGCCCACUGCCAGAGGACGACGCUGGGGCUAAGAGCCCGGAUCAGGGACCCCAGCCUGGCACUCCGCCCCUACUGAACGGGGAGGUGUCCGAGGGAGCUGAAUCCCCGCAGGGAGAGGAGCAGAAGAGAAGAUCACCUCAUGAACAAGAGACCGACUGAGGGAGUUCUACAGCCACGGUCCAACUGUUGGAACUCGAGUCAAACUCCUGCUUUGUGUUAGUUUUUUCCCCAACGUCCCACCACACAGCGAGGCCAUUACUUUGACUAUGUCGCCCCCUACAGGGCGGUCUGGGGAAUGACACGAGCCCCCUCGCAAUCUCUCUACUUCUGUUUCUUCCCUCCUAAAGGUAUACUUUGUAAGACAUUCGGACAAGACCACAACCACUCAAAAAACCAAGACCACUCUAACACAAAAGAGACUCCCGCCCCUCCCUUCCCUUCGCUCCCUCGCCAUCUACUGCAGAUGAGCUGUCCUCGGCUUGGAGCUAAAGACAAGUGACCAGUGACCUGAUGGUUUUCAGUGGUGUGAUUAUGUUAAUGUCACUUCCUUCUAUCCUGACCGACCAGCAUGGACUGGUCUGUCUAUAUCAUUGAUGAUGAUGAUGAUGAUGAUGAUGAUGAUGAUGAUGAAGAAGGGAGCUAGUACAAGUGUAGUGUAGAAGUGUGCUAUACAUCAGGAGCUGAAUUAUAAUAUUCCUUAGUUAGGUAACAAAGGUGAUCCUACAUAACUGAGUGAAACACACUGAAGAAGAUAUCCAUGACAAAGUAUACCUUUAAUUCCACGUGCGGGCUUGUACAACGUUCUUCUGGCCUGGCCCUUCCAACCCUACACUCCCUCUCUGCCUUCCAAACACUCUUCCUUCCUGAUGGUGUGAAGACGUACAGAUUACUGCCGUUAUCAGAGCUGAGUUAUACGUUUUUUAUUUUGUAUCUAGAAGUACAGAGGGAAUUACUACGUUGGUAUUGCCCAUGGAUCUAUGUCUACGGCUCUACUAUAGUAACGAUACGAUGACAAAACAGAAUAUUUGGAUACCUGGUUUACAAAAACAAAUGUGCUCUUUCUUUAUUUUACGUUUUUAUCUGUAAUUAAACGAUGCGUCAGACCUUAAGCAAGAUGGAUGCCUAUAACGGUGAUAUUUUAACAAGCUCUGCUUAAGUUGAAGUAAUGGCACAGUCACAAAACACAAACAGUAUGGCAAAAGUCAUACUUUUUUUUCAGAAAAAGGUACACACACAGCCGGCUUCCAUAUGUGUUUCUCCUGCAGAUAGUAGCAAUUGUUUUUCCAUGGAGAAGGGACACAACAUCCUCUCUGCCUCUUUAACAGGCUUCACACCUUAUAUUGUAGGGUCAUGCCAUUUGAAAGAUAUAUAUUAUCUAAUACAGCGCUAGGUAGAGGUCCUUUUUUUUACGAUGAACUUGUCCACCGCAAUCACUCAGACUUUUGGAUUGAGUUAAUGAUCUAAUUUGAGGGGGAGUUGACAAAACGUUUGCGAGGAAACAAUCCACCGACACAUAGAUUUGGAUGUAGCAUAUGAUACUGUGUGUCCAAAAUGUAGGUUUUCCGACUUGCACAUUUCAAACAUAUCAAUGCUUCUUUGGUUUUAAUUUUGAAGGCAGUUUUGUAAAAAAUCUGAAAUGUUUUAAUUUUUUUCUUUGGUGGUUAUUAUGAUUUUUUGAAUCUUUUCUGUGAUUUAACUAUUGAUCGUUGUCUCAUCGCCUCCAUAAGGUCCUGCCUGUUCACCUGUUCCUAGACCAGCCAGCCAGUCCUUUAGCACUCCCGUUGCCUUCCUACGUGGAAUUACACUGUACAGUGCUUCAGUAUAUCCUAUCACAGGAUAGGUUUCCUCUUACGGCGCUCGUCACAAUGUUCCGGCCCCUCCUGUCCCCCGCAAUGUGUGUUGAUUCCGUGCUCUCGCUCAACUGUUCCAGCUAGCUCCAAUCCAGCCAGCUAUCUUUUUUAUUGUGUUUUAAUCUGUGAUGGCCAUGCAUCAGAACAUCACAAAAACCGCUAGCUGCUUAUUGACUGUAGCCGCCCGAGAAGUGUAAAACUCCUUGUAUGUUGAUGUAUAGAAGAUGCAGAUGUUAUUUUAUUGUGCAUAUGUAACAUAUAUUGAACUUAUUCUGCGACGCUGUUCCAGCCUUAACUGUACACUGUAUGUGUUGUGAUUGGACGAGAAGCGUUUUAGCAGUAUUUACGUAACGGUUGAACUGUUUCCCUGAGAUUGUGGCCUUUUUUUAACCGACAAUAUAGUUUCUCCCAGAAUGUUGAGUUAUUUUUUGAGGGUAUAUCUCCUGAGCAUACCAACAUUGCCAUGUUUUAUGAUGAUUAUUAUUAUUAAGUAACAUUUAAGAUUUGCAUUUAUAUUCCUUCAUUGUUUUUAUUGUUUGUGCUCACACCGAAUUAAGUAGUGGCUUCUACGUUACGAAAUCCCCUCAAACAAAGAGAGUCAGUGGUGCAACAUUGCUGAAUAAAUACAUAUAUUUUAAUCCUCUUAAAUAACUGAGAAGUGGUACAGGUCAAACCAAUUUAUUGGAUCAUUAUGCAUACAGUAAAUAUGUAGAGCACUCUUUUUCUUUUUGUUAGUUUAAUUUUAGAGAUAUUUAUUGCAUCCCAAAGCAGCAUAUUCAUACAAACACAGUUUAAGUUGGCCGGUUACUUUUUUUUGGUUUAAUAAUCAGUUUGAUAGUGAACGUACACAACAAUUAGAUUUAACAGUUACUUUCUGACCUUUUUUCAUGAACAUGAAAGAAGACCAUAAAAGAAAAUGUACCCUUCAAACUUGUCAACCGAAUGUAACUUAUGUUCAUUUCAUGUGCAUUUCAUCCUCCCUGUCUACAUACAAAGAGACAUGAUUACACUAUUAUUCGAGGAUUCAUUUCCUGUUCUUUUUUUUGGUCUCAAGUAGAAAUUCCACAACUCAGAUUUUCAACUGCUGCCACCACAGUCUAGUCUGAUUGGUGCUUGGUUGAACACUUAAUGCCUCCUGUUAGCUAACGGGACCAAUAUGUGUGAUGUUGGUGGUCAUGUUUAGUCUUAUUACUUUGCUCUAUCUUCCACUGGCUCCUGUGGUACCCUGUGCUAGGUAAUACGAAACAGGAAACCUUUUUACAAUGCCGAAUUAGAAUUACAAAAAAUAUAUAUCAACAAACAAAAGAAAACACAAUAUAUGGUUGUAUUUAGGACAUGUACAGACUUAUAAACAUAGUGUUUUGUAAACAGUUAUCACAGAACAGGUUAUUUGUUGUUUGUUUAAACGCGUUGUCUCUAUUGUUUAGUCAGGACCACUCUAUAUAUGGUUGAUGUCAUGUUGUUCUAGUGAGGUUUAGGUGGCUGUCAUGCGUGUGCGUGACACUGCUAAAGGAAUACUUAACGUGCAUUUAUGUGCACCUAUGUGCAUCUCCUCACUGUGACCUGCUCUUUCUGCUCUGUAUGUGUGUGUGUGUGUGUGUGUGUGUGUGUGUGUGUGUGUGUGUGUGUGUGUGUGUGUGUGUGUGUGUGUGUGUGUGUGUGUGUGUGUGUGUGACGCAAAAUGUUUGUGUGAGAAUAAAAUAUGAGAAGAGUAAUGAACAGGGAGAGACCGAGAGGGGGGAGUGUGUGUGUGUGUGUGUGUGUGUGUGUGUGUGUGUGUGUGUGUGUGUGUGUGUGUGUGUGUGUGUGUGUGUGUGUGUGUGUGUGUGUGUGCAUGCGUGUGAGUGCGCACAUAUGUGACUGUGUGUGUGUGUGUCUUUUUGUGUGUGGAUUAGUUAAAUAAGAUAAAUGCAACAAUAUUGAUUAUAAGAUUAAGAUGAAGAAAAAGAUGAGAAAGGGCGAACCCGAUGAACGAAAGCGGGAGUUUGUAUGCGUGUGUGUUUGUUCAUGUACGUAUGUGUGCGUGUGUGUGUCAGCGAUUUUGCUUGUAUGCAUGCAUGUGUGUGCGCCCGUGUCUGUGUGAGCGUGUGUGAGGUGAGAGCGUGUGUGUGUGUGUGUAUAUGAGUGUGUCUGCGUGCGUACACCUGUGCAUGUAUGUGCAUGCAUGUUUGUACCCAUGCCGGCCGGGCGAGUGUGUGUGCCACCUCUCUGUGACUGCACGGCCGUAUCAAUAAACCUGGACUUAAAGGGCUCA